AACACGUAUAGGUUAGGAUAGCUAUUUUCAUAAUUAAAAAUAUUCGCAUGAACACGAAGGUGUCAUGUGAUUGUAAUGAGAUAUUUGAACAUUAACAACGACUGUUAGUCGCAUGUGAUUCACUGGACGAAAUUGUCUAAUACAUGUGAGGAAAUAUUUAACUAUGGUGUAACAAUCAACAGGAGCGUCCUUUGGAUCUGCAAAUCUAAAACUGUUCUGAUCAAGGUUCAAACCAGUAGCGUUCCUUUAUUUUGAUAGGAUAGACGGUUUAGUCGAGAAAAAUGGCCACACUCGAAACAGGUGCAUCGCUCGUCACUCGAGAAGACAUCAACUGGAGAAAAGAUUUAAUUUCGCAGCUGCGUGAAAGGAAUAGAUCUCAAACUAAUUGUUUUGCUGAUCUCAUUAGCCUACAUAAUAGAUUAUUUGAGAAUGCAAACACAUUGCGUGGUGCUAAUAUGCAACUGACAAUAGCAAAUGAAACCCUUCGUCGCGAGGUAGCCAGUGGUGGUGUUGGUAUAGGUGGAAAUCCAGAUCUUGAGGCAAGACUGCUAAAGCAAGCGGAAGAAUUAGCGAUGCUACAUAAAAGAAAAGGAGAACAUACGCAACAAAUAGUAGAUCUUAAUAACAAGAUGCAAGAAAUGACAAAAGAACUUCAUGCAAAGGAUACCAGUCUUGCAGAAAGUUUAGAAGUUAAUGCUAACCUACGCAUAGAAAUAACUAAAUGCCUUGGCAGGGAAAAAGAAUUAGAAGGUGUUAAUCAAAUGCUCAGGGAUGAACAUCAAGCUUUGCAACUUGCUUUUGCAUCUUUAGAGGAAAAACUUAGAAAAACACAGGAAGAAAAUCGACAAUUGAUUGAACGAUUAAUAAAAUACAAAGCCAGAGAUGCUGAAAAGAUGAAUGAAGAGAACGACAACUUCUUGAGAAAGAGGCAAGCGAAGAUGCAGAAAGAGUUAGAAGAUGCAGCACGAGACACGCGACCCGUCAGUCCUGAUCGCUCGAGCUUAAAAGAAGGAAUCGCUGGUCUUCCGACAGCAGUGCCAACGAAUGUAUCCGUAACGUUUAGUGCUCAUGACGGUGAAGUUUACGCUGUUAAAUGGUCACCUACCGAUAGAAUCUUACUGGCUACUGGUGGUGCUGAUAGAAAAGUGAAACUAUGGAAUAUCGCUAAAGGUGCAUCCGAGAGCAAAGGCAUCUUAGUUGGCAGCAACGCUGGUGUGAUGUCGGUGGACUUCGACUCGACUGGCACCCUCAUCCUUGGAGCAUCGAACGAUUACGCGAGCCGUGUCUGGACGGUCAGUGAUCUUCGUUUAAAGCACACGCUCACGGGCCACUGCGCAAAGGUGAUGGCAGCGAAGUUUCUUGGCGAGCCGUCAAAAGUAGUUACCGGAAGUUAUGAUCGCACCCUAAAAAUCUGGGACUUGCGCAGCAAAGCAUGCAUAGAGACGAAAUUCGCCGGGUCGAGUUGCAACGACCUCGUAACUUCCGACGGGGCCGGCUCCACGAUAAUCAGCGGUCAUUUUGAUCAGAGGAUUAGGUUUUGGGACACCCGGGCCGAAUCCAGCUCGAAUGACAUCAUACUGGAGGGGAAAGUUACAUCCUUGGAUUUAUCCCGCGACGCGAACUACCUGCUGAGCUGCGUGCGGGACGACACGGUGAAGCUGAUCGAUCUGCGAAUGAAGAAAAUCAUCGGAUCUUUCAGCGCUGACGGCUUCAAAGUGGGUUUCGACUGGGCGAGGGCAGCCUUUAGUCCUGACGGGCAGUACAUAGCAGUCGGCUCCGCGGACGGUUCUGUUUUCAUCUGGUCGAUAGCGACAAAUCUCAUCGAAACGAUACUGAAAGGGCAUACGGCAGCAGUGACGGCAGUGUCUUGGCAUCCGCACGGCACUUAUCUGGCGUCCGUGGAUCGCACCAAGACAGUAACGGUCUGGGGCGAUCACGUUUGACAGGACGAGUGAUCCCGGCGCAGACGAUUGCUGUUUCACGCAUGAGGAACACCCAACUCGCUCGCUCGCGCCCGUUUCGUCUCGCGGCGCGCCUCUCGCGAGUCGCAACCCCCGUCGUCCCCGCGGCAUCGCGCGAAAAUGAGGCGGGAUUCAGCGAUCCAGCAAUCCAGCGGGAAAUCACAGUGCAGCGGCCUCGGCGCCCCGGAGCAGAGCAGCGGA